GCGGCGGGGGAUUUGACGCCGUUCACUUGAAGCCACUUGACCAUCCCCCGCCGCUCCACCUCACUCAGCGAUGUCUUAUUCCCCGCUCUCCGCCUGCACUUGCCUAUGGUUCCAUUACCUGCUGCUCUGCAUCCAAGUCCAGAUGUUUGUUGCUGAAGAAAAUGUGGAUUUUCGGAUACACGUGGAAAAUCAGACGCGAGCACGAGAUGAUGUCAGCAGGAAACAGCUCAGACUUUAUCAGCUCUACAGCCGAACCAGUGGGAAACACAUCCAGGUGCUAGGGAGGCGGAUCAGUGCCAAAGGAGAAGAUGGAGACAAAUAUGCCCAGCUUCUAGUGGAAACAGACACAUUUGGCAGUCAAGUCCGGAUCAAAGGGAAAGAGACAGACUUUUACCUUUGCAUGAACAGGAAAGGCAAGCUAGUAGGGAAGCCGGAUGGCACCAGCAAAGAAUGUGUCUUCAUUGAAAAAGUCUUGGAGAACAACUACACGGCCCUGAUGUCGGCAAAGUACUCAGGCUGGUAUGUUGGAUUCACCAAAAAAGGGAGGCCUCGGAAAGGGCCCAAGACCCGGGAGAACCAGCAAGAUGUCCACUUUAUGAAACGAUACCCAAAGGGACAAGUGGAGUUACAGAAACCUUUCAAGUACACCACAGUGACGAAGAGGACUAGGAGAAUACGACCAACCAACCCCAGUUAAAAGACCGAGGCAGUGUCUUGCAAAUAAACUACGAAAAUAGACUGUACCAGAGAGAUAUUUUUACACUAAAAAUA